CGCGCGGCGUCGCGCUGGCUGACCUCACACAGGUCCUUGAAAAAUUAAAAAUUUGCCUCUCGUGAUUGCCGCGGCGCUACCGUCUCCUCACGAUCUCGCCACAAUUGGUCCGCCGUCGCGGUAACCCCGUGCGGCCGCGUAGACCGUGAGUCUGAAUCGCUGGCUAUUUUUUUGGUGCGUUUUGGCUUGCUAGUGUCUUACAGGACGCUAGCUUAAUGCGGCGCGUAGUUUUUUGCUUCCUACUAUCGCUGCGUGGCAUCAACAGCUCAUCAUACGCACGCCUCACAUCGCUGCUGCUGGCCCAGCGCUGCUUGUGCAAGCUCCGCUCUUCAAAGCCAGUAGUACGCGAGCCCAGCUUUCCAGCAGCGAGUGCGCAGCCGCCGCGCGCAGCCGCAGCGCGCCGCAGCGCUGACACCACAAAGCCAGUAGUCGCAGCCGCCGCAGCGCGGCGCACUGCUCGAACACCAAUCCAGCGCACGGCACCGAAGCGAUGGCCGACGCGACGCCGCCGCCGUGGAUGCAGCCCGGCGCGCCGCCGACGCACGCCAAGAAAGAAGCUGUACCACCGCCACAACCAAUGGAGCAAGACGACGACGAGGACUUGUACGGCAACGAAACCCAAGAAGAAGCUGAUGCCAAAUUCAUGGCCGCGCUCGACGCGAACGAGGCAAGAAAGGCCGCGAAGCAGGCCGCCUUGGAUCUCCAGGCGAAGGAGGGCGACGCCGAGUACGAAAAAAUGAAGCCGCCGCCGCCGCCGAAUGGUGGGUACGAGGAGCCCUCCGAGGAGGUCCUCAAGAUGCGCGCAACGAUGGAGAAGGUCUUCAUGGCGACGCUGACGGACCCCCACUACCAGAAACAUCCCGUGCCCAUGGUCCGGUCCCAACACUCGCACGACACGUGCAAGGAGUUACUCGAUUUAUGCAAAUUGCCUGAAGAAGAAUUACCGCAGCCGCACAUCAUCAAGCGCAAAAUCGAGCAAGCUCGGGUGGAUCCGGACGCGUGGGUCCGCGCGACGGCCGGAAGUGCGGCCAAGGCCUUUGGCAUCAAGGAAGUCGCGGACGACUUUGAUGAAGAGCUGCGGCGGAAAUUUGGGCAUUUGUUGUCGGAUGAGGACCGGGCGGGGCCUCGGCGGUGGGACCCGGUUGGAUUGUUUGACGAUAGAUGGAAGUCGGAGUUGGUCUUACCACCUCUACCCGAAUUCGAGAAGCACUGCAACUUUCGCACCGAUGAAGAAGUAAGGGAAUUGAUGGCGCAGCGGUCCGCGCCGCGACAGGCGCCUCGGAGCGCUCCACAACAGGCGCGGGGCCGCGGUGGUGUCCAGGGCCGCCUGGGCCGCGGCCGCGGUCGCUCGGGCGACAAGCCGCGCUUCAAGCCGACGCAGAAGCGGCGCGCCGUCGUCAUGUUGGAUGAUGCCCCCGAGAUCAAGCCCGUCGGGAACUGUGUGGAAAUCAAAUUUCGGGCGCCCCACUAACCUAACUCACUGGUUGAUUUCCUCACAGGUCGGCAAAGACGGGCGCGUCAAGGAGCCCCCGAAGCCGAAGCCGGAGAAACCGGCGCCCGCACCCGCGGGCCCCGACCCCGACGACGAGACGCUCGACGAUUUGUCGAAGAAGGCGAUCACGGACGUGUUCGGCGAGAAUUUGAAUUUACUGGAUGAUGCAGGUCGGAAGUUGCUCGGGCUGUUUUUGAGGAAGGCCCCCAAGCCGCCGGGCGCGGGCGACAAGGUCAAGGUCCACCAGGAGACGGACAAUGAGGCCAUACGCACGGACUACCUCAAGCUGAACUGGGACGACUACACUUAUACCCGCACUAGGAAGCGGAAGGCCGUGCAGGCGCCCGCGGCGACGUAAUAAUUAUUGUGGUUUA